UGGGUGAGCCAGGGUUGGGGCUAGGGCUGGGGCCAGGGUCAGUGCUGUGUGCUCAGCCUGGGCCUCAGGCCCUGCCUAUGAGUCUUGCCUGGUCUCCAUGGGGCCUGGGCCAUUGGCAGCUAGCACUGCUUGCAGGAUUGUCAGGAAAUGGAGUCUAGCCGUGGAGCCUCCCAGCCCUGCUGCGCACCCAGGGGCAGCAGAAUGUGCCAUGGGCCAGAUGGCACCUGGGUCAGGUAGGACCCAGGGACCUGCUGUGGGGCAGACGAAAUCCCUAUGUGGACCGCGGGCUGUAUUUUGUCUACCCCUGUACCAAUAUAUAAGGCACAGGUACAGCUCCAUUGAGGAUACUGUGCAGUUCUAAAUAGCUGAUCAAAAAAAGAAUAACAUAAACUGGAAUAGUACAAAUAAGGGCCACUAAGAGGUGUAAGGAAAUGGAGAUAUUUCCUUAUGAAAGGAGAUAUUUCCUUAUGAAAGAAGAUUAAAAGAGCCUGGGCUUGCUUAGUUAACAACAUGAAGAUUGAGAGGGGAUAUGAUUAUGCUCCACAAAUACAUUUGUGAGGUGACUACUGGGGAAAGAGAAGAGCUUUUACCUGAAAAACAACCUUGGCACAACAUCAAAUUACUAUAAACUAGCUAUGAACAAUUUUAUAUAGGAAUGUUUCCUCCUAGCAAAUCAGCAAGGACUAUGAAGGUUUUUUGCCUUCCUCUGUAGCAUGGGGUAUAGUCUUCUUUCUUGGAUCCUCUGACCAUAUGUUAACCAAUGACUCCCCUGUCGUUGCAGUUCCUCAGUUUGCUUGCUUUUUGUUACAGCAUGUUGUAGGGUUUUUUUUUGCAUUUCUGGUUUUGCAACAUGCAGCUAUGAGUGGGGAUUUGAAGUGGCUGGUUUGGUCUGAAGAGGCAGUUGUGAAAAAUCUUUGGGUAACUGGUUGCCUAUGAACACAAGGGAGUGGAAUUGUUGCUCUUCUUCCUAUGCAAGGUUAAACUUAAAAUAAUCCUUAUAAAAACUGUAGAGGGUGACUUAUUCAGGAGGAUUUUAGAUACUCUUCUUGCCAAAUAGAAGGCUGGUUGACUUGAAAUAGAAGCAGUAACCAAUAAGAAACAUUCAUACAUUCAGAUAAAUUACAUUUUGAACUUGGCUUGGCAUCAAAUAAUCUUACGGAUUUUCCCUAAAUUUCCCCAGUCUCUAUGCAAAUAUGUUUAAAGGUAGUAACAGGAUAUUAGUCUCAUACCUGCACAUACCUGCACACACGCUCAUACAACUAAAAACUUUUUCUUUCCAAAACCUUGGAUGAUGCAUUGGAGGUACAAAAGGCACUUUAACCUUUAAAAGGCUGCAAUUUUGGAAAGGCAGUUUAGCCAUGUUAGUCUGAAGUCAAGCAGAGGCAAGGCAGAUUUCCACCUACAUAGAUAGGGAAAGGAGGGAGAGAGGGAUCACUGACCUCAGAGUAGCUGUUCUUUGAUAACAAAACUUUAAAAAUGAACUUGAACGUAAAGUUGUAGAACAAGAAAUCAUCCACAGACUGGAUUGUAUUAAGGAUGAUCUAAACAGGGACUAUGGAUUCUUAUCUCAUUACCUCGAUUAGCUUUUGUGCUAAGCUAGGGACCCCUUUGUCCUUGUGGGUUUAUCACUUGUUUGCCUCUCCAAGCACUGCUCCCCUUUCCCUCCCCUCCGUCUUUUGCAUUCAAAUCGCUCUAUUUGAUACACUGCUCUGUGCAUGUGCUUUCACAGAAUCUAUUGAAAUGAGCUCAGGCUCACAAAAGCUUAUUGCCAGGGGUGGGCAAAACAUGGCCUGGGGGCCAGAUCUGGCUCAUGGGGGCACCUGCCAGUUGAUUGGAUCCAGCCUGCAGCUGUCCCUGUGGCACUCCGUAUGGGGCCAAGUCCAACCCUGCUCUGCUUCAGCCCGCGUGCAUUGGCUCAGCCCUUGCCAUCGCACACAGCUUCUGGCGUGGCUGCUCCCAGUGCGGCUGGAGCUGCCUGGGUGCUGCUUUGCUCCCUGUGCCUCCAGCAGUGGCUCCUGUCCUGCUGCCCUGCUCCAGGCCCAGAGGAAGCUUCAGCUGGGUGGCUCUUGCCCCAGCAUGAAGGGCUCUGGGUCUAGGUCCUGGCUGCCUUUCACCCACUCUUUUCGCCCGGUGCAGGUGGCCAAGUGGGUGGAAGGCAGCUGGGAGAGCUGGAGCCAGAGCCCUGUGUGCUGGAGCAUUCUCCCCACCUGGAAUGGCACAGCAAGAGAAGAAAGAGCUGCCAUUGGAGGUGAGGGGGUACAGCAGCACCCAGGCAACUGCAGCUGUACCUGGAGUAGCCCCACCAGAAGCUGCAUGCACUGGCUGGGGCUGGUUUGGGGGGCACAAGCCGAAGCAUGGUGUGGGCUGCCCCAGUGGAAGCUGCCUGGCCUCAGCCCCAUGCCAAGCACCGCAGGGGCAGCUGUGAACUGCACUGACUGGGCGAGUUCUGCUGCGUGCGCCCUCUGCUCGCUCUUCCCUCCCCUCACCACUGGCCGGCUCCUGGGACCUAGUGCCCAGGCAGCCCCCACACCACACACACAUGCGCACGUGCCCCCCACAUGCCCACCACACCCUGCCACAGGGUACAGGUCACUCCGCAACCCCACUCUGUGAUCCUGGCUUCAGCUGCCUGUCUGGCUCCCAAACACUUUUCUCCACCUGCCCGCGGCCCCAUCCCACACAGGGAGUUUUAGUGAGUUGUUGCACCAGGGGUGGAGGUGCUGACCUGGCCCAUGACAACUUGUCAGAACUCCCUAUGUGGUGUCUGGGACCCAAUAAUUGCCCAGACUUGGCUUAUGCUAUACAUAUAAUUUACACAGUCUAUAAGGUGCAAAUCUACCUUGCCAUCUGCCUGAUAUUUUACAACCAUUCAAAUAAAAGAACAUAAUCUGAUACGUAAUAGUUAGAGAAGAAGGGAGUUAUGUUGCCUGAUGAACACAGUCCUAAUUUUACAUUCAGUUUAGGAGAUUGUGUGAAAAAGAUCUAGCAGAGGAACAGGAUGAAGCUGAGAAGACAGAAAAGAAAACCCCUAUUGAAAAAAUAAAUACAAGAGCACAGCCACUUGAGGCAGCAUAGUUUUGGGACAUGUACACACAGACACAUUUAUUGCAGGGAUAGAGUUUCUGCGUGUUGUACAAAAUGGUUGAUUGACAUAUUAUAGUGUAAUUGGACUGUACAAUUUGCAGACUAUGAAUCUGGGAAAGGGAGUAAUCUGGUUUGUUUGGAGGUGCAGCUUGUGGAACACUGACAUUCCUUGGGAAGAAGUUUUAAAAUUGUAAAGAUUGUGGUACCAGGAUGUUUUGGGAGUGGAAAAAUAGAGGUCAUUUUCUCAAUCUUUUUUUUCUGUGGUUCUGUGCCAGGUAUAUUUGUAGGGGGCAAUCUCUAUUAUUACAUGAUUAAGAAUUUUGUGAAGGAUUUUGCUUGUUAAACUACUAUUUAACAUUUGAUGUCAGCAUGGAACCUGCCAAUGACCACCAUUCUAAAUCCUUGCUUUAUACAAUUGAUGCACAUUGAAAUAAAAGCUAGGAGUUUCAGAAGAAUCGAAUAAACUUAAGCAUCUAACUCUCCUUACAUUUCAACAGGAUUUAGGCACCCUGGGCUCUUUUGAAAUUCCCACCAAAUAUCAGCUGCCUAAAGUCACAUCGUUGGCAAAUGCUUGAGACAAUCAACCAUAGAACCUAGACCUCCACUACUCUCUGUAAAUAUGAAAACCUAUGCUUUCUGCCCUACCACUUCUCUUAUUCCAUUUGUAAUAGGAAUGUUGUCAUUAGCAGAAACUGUAGCUAGUCUGAGGCCCAUUUAGAAAUCUUAUGCCAUAACAGUUUAAGUAAGUUCUUGUUCAACUAGUUUCUGAUGAUUAAACUCUGAGUUUAUCUGUUGCACAUGGGAGAAACUUGCUUGUACAGUAGCAUGAUCUCUUAAGAGUUAAGAAACACAAUGGCUCUUUGUAAUUUCUGUAUAACCGCUCUGAAUACUGCCAUUCAUCAUUAUUUUGCAUCCUGCACAUUUUUAACGUUUCAUUGGUUGGUAUUUUAUAUCAUCCAGUCCAGUCUGUUCUUUCUGAUCGUGUUCUGACAAAUAUGAAAGACUCUGGCAAGGGAGAUGUAUAAAAAAAUCUUAAUUUGAUUCACAGUUUAGUCUUAGUUUUUGUUUUGAGCAAGCCCAAAAUCUCUGAGAAAAGGAGAGCUGAAGUUACUGAGUUUUUUCUGGUUUCAGAAUCCUUUGCAAGUUUCAAUAUAGUUCACCUUAAAAGGGACUGCUCAGGGGUAUUUGAAACAGCAUCGCCAAUCUCAAUUUCCCCCCUCCCAAUAUAAUAAGAUUGACUGAUGAAAAAAAAAAAAUUUCCUUCUUGUUUAUGAAGUGAACUAGAUAAACAAAGGUCAAUUUUCAACUUUUCUCUGAAACCAUGAUGUCCACAAAUGUAGUUAAAAAUACAGAUUGUCCAAGAAUAAUAAUCCAAGAGCUGAGGCUUUAAGAAAUAUUAGCAAUACUAACAAACACUAGCAAAAUUGGCUUUAAAUUUAGCCCAAGCUUACUGAAAGAUUCAUUUUAGUGGAAAUCAUAGUUUUCACCAAAAACACAGUUACUUUCAUUGUAGAUUGUUUGUUUUUUGCAGAAGUCCAGCACAGUUCAGAUGACUGCGAUUGCAUGCUGCAUCUCUGCUUCAUCUGAUACUUGGACAUUGAAAACCAGGUCUUCACACCCAUCUUCCUGCACAAUGCAGGUUACUGAAGAAAAUCUCUCAGCUAUAUUUUAGAGCACAGUGAGAACAUGUAGAGUAACAAAAUGCGUUUGGAAAGAAAGGCUUGAAUUACGAAGAGAUUAACAAAUACCUCUGCAGACAUUUUUUACUGGUAAGAUAUUUUAAAAGUAAUCUCUACACUUCUGGCAAACAAGGGUCAAAUCAGUUUAGGUAUUAUUUGUAAUUAAGAUAACCUAGAAGGACCAAAUAUGUCAAGAAAUUGCUUUUCCUCAUACCUUCUAUUCCAGUCUAUCAGUGCAGGGCAACUGUAGCAUUAAAAAAACAGGGAAACCUUUUUGUACUUAAACAUCAAUACUGUGUAAUGACAUAAUUGUUUUACUGUGAUUGUACUAAUUGAAUAAUCACAGGAAUUCACUUUGGUAGAGAUAUGGUAGUUUAGAGGAGGCACCUAGGGUCACCCUCAGUAGGUGGCAAUCAGACAAGGAUAGACCCCUCCCCCCCCUGGACUGACACAUCAAAAAACUAAUCUCCUGGUUAUAACAUGCCUUGGGGAAAAGAGCACUAAGGAAAACACAAACUGCUGAAUACCUUUCAUGUCUUUGAUUCAAAGACCUUGAAACUUUACAUACAUUAAUUAGCCCUAGAAUAUGCAUGGUUAGAGCAUAUGAGUGCCCAGUCACACACACACAUUUGAAGGGAUAUACAAGUACAUACUUGUACACAGUCUUUGUUUCAACUUAUAAUCAUCUGCUUUAUCUGCAGGUGCAAAUCUUUUUCAACAAAGAAGAAAUUUCUGAUACUGAGAAACAUAGCUAGAAUGGGGUAAAAAGUAGCCAACAGAAUGCAGAGGACAUUAGCUCUGCUGGUAGGUCAGAGAUAACACAUUUGGCUUUGAAUAAUGAUGUGAGAAAAAAAAUCAGUCCAAAGGAUCUACUCUUGGGAGAACACACUGAAAGGAGGAAAGCCACAGUGCAUAGGUCUGUGACAUAGUAACAAUAUCACAGAUCUACAUACUCACACAGGACAAAUUCCAUCUAAACCCACCAGUUUGAUUAUGUAUAAAUAUGACUUCAGCUGGUGCUUAAAAUGGGUAAAGCAGUGUGAAUAAAGGGAGGAAACCACUGAAGGACAAGUCUGAGUUAGGUACUAGAGCACUCAAGAUAUACUGCAGAACAGAGAUGUAUGCCUAAUAGAAUAAGUUCGAUCAGAACCUUGCACUGUUUUCUUCUUUCAGCUAUUCUCUGAUCAGAAGGUUCUUGUUUAAAAAAUAAAUCAUUUAAAUUGAGAACAUUAGAAACUGAGUAUGAGCUCAGAACUGAGGACAAGGAUUUCAGUUGAAACGACAGAACUAGCAAAUUUUGCACCACAGAAGGCAAGUAAAGGGGAAUGUACUAUUCUUUUAAAUUGAUCAAGAAACAACAACAGUUCCACAGACAAAAAGCACUUGCCAGCUAGCAAGUCCACCUGACAGUAUGCUUUCAACUGUAGGCCUAGUGCCUGACAGUGCAGUUGCUGGAUGUGUAUAGCCUCUUGCAUCUAAAGGCAAAGUCUUAUCAACUCAAAGUACUUCCAUAGCCUGCCCAUGUCAUAUCUGCAAAAUUGAUCUUUGUAAAACAGUCACCUGGAACUUGAUACAUGUUGUUCCCAAGCAUUAUGCUAUCAAUCUAAGCACCAAGCACAUCCUAGGUUUGGUAAAUCACUAGUGUCUGUUGAGAUGCAUUGUCCGCAUGGAUGAACACAUUCUGCCCUCCUUUUUCUCUUCCUUAGAGUCUAACACCUUCUACAGGUAAGAGGAAAUUUGAAGAGCAGGAAUUGUAAACUGACAAUAAACUCCUUGGCACAGGAGCUAUGGCAGACUAUAGAUAUUGCUAAGGCAAAUAAUCUCAUAUCAGAAAACACGGGGCAUGUGCACAACCCCAGUGACAAUGAGCUUAUGGACAAUGCAUCUCAACAGAAUCCAGUUACUAGUGACGUCUCUUUUUUUCCCCGUAUAUAAUGUAAGGAAAAUCAGCCAAAUUUGGUUAGUUGCAUAAUUUAAGAAAUAAAAAGAUAAAGCAGAAGCCUUUAUUCACUGAAUUUUGUUGUAACAGAAGUGAUAUAACCACUUUAUACUCUUUCAGGACAGCUGGGCUCCAAGAAGAUACAAAAAUAUGAGAGGAAGAACUAUUAAUUACUUCUUGCUGAGGACUUGGUUGCUUUGAAGGACAGAACAGCAUUUUAUCCCCCUAAAUGCAUAUUGGGUAAGUUGCCUACAAUGAGCCAUCCCUUGCAUAAAUUUGCUUAAAUUUCAUGCCCCAUGGUCUGCAAAUCCAGUACAAGGGACCAAUUCAUGAUAAUGUCCCAAAGAUGCA